AUGACGCAAGGCGGUAUCAAAUAUGCCAUCCUCAAACCCAGUAAGGAAAAGGGAGUUCCACUCAAGGGAGACAUUGUGGCUAUUGAAUACACAGGCUAUUUGAUCGAUGGGACUAUCUUUGAUGCCUCUCAUGCUGAGGGCAAGAAAAAUGCACUCAUGUUUGAGGUGGGAGGAAACGCUGUCGUCGAUGGAAUUAACGAAAUGGUCAUGAAUAUGGGAGUUGGAGAGAAAGUCCAGGCUAUUAUUCCGGCGGACAAGGCUUUCGGAGACAAGGGACUCUGUCUCGAGAACGGUGAAUGCCUCAUUAAACCUAAGUCGACGCUUGUUUACGACGUCUUCUUA